GAGGUGGCCGCGGCCGAGCCCGGGGAGGGAGGGGAGAGCGGGUCACGACGCUGCGGGGGCGGGGAUAACCCCUCACGUGGAGCAGAUGAAAGGGCCGCGGCGCGACGGCCCCGGGAGCGGAGCAGAGACUGCGACCCACAAAGCCGCCGCCGCCGCGAUGGUGCUGUGAGGCGACCGCCCGCGCUCGGUCCUCCGCCGGCCCGCGACUAUGCCCGGCCGCGCCCGCCCUCCGCGCCCUCCCGCCGCAGGACCAUGAGGCCACGCUCGGGCGGGCGCCCAGGGGCCCCGGGCCGCCGCCGCCGUCGCCUGCGCCGCGGCCCCCGCGGUCGCCGUCUGCCACCGCCGCCGCCGCUGCCGCUGCUUCUCGGGCUGCUGCUGGCGGCCGCGGGGCCCGGCGCGGCGCGGGCCAAGGAGACGGCGUUCGUGGAGGUGGUGCUGUUCGAGUCGAGCCCGAGCGGCGACUACACCACCCACACCACCGGCCUCACGGGCCGCUUCUCGCGGGCCGGGGCCAUGCUCAGCGCCGAGGGCGAGAUCGUGCAGAUGCACCCACUAGGCCUGUGUAAUAACAAUGAUGAAGAGGACUUGUAUGAAUAUGGCUGGGUAGGAGUGGUGAAGCUCGAACAGCCAGAAUUGGACCCCAAACCAUGUCUCACUGUCCUGGGCAAGGCCAAGAGAGCAGUUCAGCGGGGAGCCACUGCAGUAAUCUUUGAUGUAUCUGAAAACCCAGAAGCCAUUGACCAGCUAAACCAAGGCUCAGAAGACCCUCUUAAGAGGCCAGUGGUGUAUGUGAAGGGUGCAGACGCCAUCAAGCUGAUGAACAUUGUCAACAAGCAGAAAGUAGCACGAGCAAGGAUCCAGCACCUCCCUCCUCGACAACCCACUGAGUACUUUGACAUGGGGAUUUUCCUGGCUUUCUUCGUCGUGGUAUCCCUGGUCUGCCUCAUUCUCCUUGUCAAAAUCAAGCUGAAGCAGCGUCGUAGUCAGAAUUCCAUGAACAGGCUGGCUGUACAGGCUCUGGAGAAGAUGGAAACCAGAAAGUUCAACUCCAAGAGCAAGGGGCGCCGGGAAGGAAGCUGCGGGGCACUGGACACACUUAGCAGCGGCUCCACAUCUGACUGUGCCAUCUGUCUGGAGAAGUAUAUUGAUGGAGAGGAGCUCCGGGUCAUCCCCUGUACCCAUCGGUUCCACAGGAAAUGUGUAGACCCAUGGCUGCUGCAGCACCACACCUGCCCCCACUGUCGGCACAACAUCAUAGAACAAAAGGGAAAUCCAGGUGCUGUUUGUGUGGAGACCAGCAAUCUUACACGUGGUCGGCAGCCAAGAGUGACCCUGCCAGUACAUUACCCAGGCCGUGUGCAUAGGACCAAUGCCAUCCCAGCCUACCCUACUAGGACAAGUAUGGACUCCCAUGGCAAUCCUGUCACACUGCUGACCAUGGACCGGCAUGGGGAGCAGAACCUCUAUUCUCCACAGACUCCCACCUACAUCCGUGGCUACCCACCCUUGCACCUGGACCACACUCUGGCCCCUCACCGCUGCAGCCUGGAACACCGGGCCUACUCACCAGCCCAUCCCUUCCGCAGGCCCAAGUUCAGUGGCCGAAGCUUCUCCAAGGCAGCUUGCUUCUCCCAGUAUGAGACCAUGUACCAACACUACUACUUCCAGGGUCUCAGCUACCCAGAGCAGGAGGGGCAGCCAAUACCCAGCCUCACACCCAGGGGCCCAUCCCGUGCCUUCCCACCAAGCAGUGGCAGCACCCUGCUCUUCCCUACUGUGGUGCACAUGGCCCCUCCUACCCAUGUGGAGAGUGGCAGCACUUCCAGCUUCAGCUGCUACCAUGGGCACCGUUCUGUGUGCAGUGGCUACCUGGCAGACUGUCCCGGCAGUGACAGUAGCAGCAGCAGCUCUGGCCAGUGCCGCUGCUCUUCCAGUGACUCCGUGCUGGACUGCACAGAAGUCAGCAACCAAGGUGUGUAUGGGAGCUGCUCCACCUUCCGCAGCUCCCUCAGCAGUGACUAUGACCCCUUCAUCUACCGCAGCAGGGGGCCUGCUCUACACCUUGAAGGCUCCCCACCACCAGAGGAGCUCCCAGCAGCACACAGUCAAGGUGCUGGGCGGGGUGAGCCGUGGCUAGGCCCUGCCUCUCCCUCAGGGGACCAGCUGUCCACCUGCAGCCUGGAGAUGAACUACAGCAGCAACUCCUCACUGGAACCCAGAGGGCCCAACAGCUCUACCUCAGAAGUGGGGCUCGAGGUUUCUCCUGGGGCCGCCCUGGACCUCAGGAGGACCUGGAAAGGGGGCUCAGAGGGACCAUCAUGUAGUUGCUGCUUCGAGCCCCAGCCCUCUUCCCUGGGCCAUGGGACCGGAGCAGCUGCUGGUGGCAGCACCUUAUUCCUGGGUCCCCGGCUCCUUGAGGACUGCAAUCCUACAAGUGGGGAGCCACAAGCAGGGAGCUCCCAGGGCCUAUAUGGCCUUCACUCAGACCAUUUUCCCAGGACAGAUGCGGUAAAAUAUGAGGGCCUGCCCUGCUGCUUCUAUGAAGAGAAGCAGGUGGCCCACAGUGCUGGCAGGGGCAAUGGCUGCUACACUGAAGACUAUUCGGUGAGUGUUCAGUACACGCUCACUGAGGAACCCCCACCCAGCUGCUAUGCAGGGGCCCGGGACCUGAGCCAGCGCAUCCCCAUUAUUCCAGAGGAUGCAGACUGUGACUUGGGCUUGCCUCAAGAUUGCCAAGGGAUGCACAGCCACAGUCCCUGGGGUGGGAUGCUGGGCUUGGACGUCCCCCGACUCCACUGGAGUCUGGGGACAACCCGGGAAGAGGAACAGGCUCCAUGCUACCAAGCUGAGGUGCCACUACAGCCUGGCUGCUCUCCAGAAGAGGCGGAUGCUUCCAGGGCUAGCCUCUCCAGUGCCCCCCAGGACACUCAGGAGUCCCAUGCCCUGGCUGCUGAGGCUUCAGGACCAGGAUCUGGCCCAGGCAUCGGUACGGGAGCUUGAGCUCAGAAGGAACUCUUUUGUAAAAAUCGGGAACUGUAUGGAGACUUCAAAGUCUGGCUUCCUUCAAAACUAAUAUAUAUUAGUUUUAUAUAUUAGUUUUGACAAACACAAAAGUGGUAAUAAAGACAGCCCUCCUCAACCCAAAAUGUGAGCCACCUGUGGCAUCCCCUCCCCAUUAACAAACCAACAGACAAAAUCUUGAGUCCUUUGCCUCUUUUAAUAAUGUGUUACUCUAUUGUGUAAUGUGUGCUUGGGGUUCUGAGGUGUGUGGGAUUGAGUUCUCUGCUUUUUUUCCCCCCCUAAGAUGUUAUAUGUAAAUGUAAAAAGUUAUUUAAAUAUAUAUUUUAAAGAACCCUAA